GACUCACGAUGAAGUGAUGGUGCUGAUUCAGGAGAAGAGGAUUGAGCUCGAACAAUACGAAGGCGCAUCUAAUAGAGAGUGUAUGGUUUGUUCGAAAGAGAAGUGGGAGAGGAUCUCGGCACGGCUUCAAGCUGAAGGCUAUGAUAGGGAUCCUGAGAAGUGUAGGAUAAAAUGGACGAACUUGAUGACUGUUUACAAAGCCGUCAAGCUCUAUGAUCAUUCCACUGGCUGUGGCAAUUACUUUGCGCUGACGACCAAGGAGCGAAGUGCUGCGAAGCUUGGAAUUAUUGAGAAAGAGGCUUUUGAUGAGAUUGACGAGUUUCUCUCUGCAAAGCCAAAUAUCACUCUAGCAAAGCUUCGUGACAAUAGCAAUCGUCCUCCUACAAGAUCUGGUGGUUCUGGCAGUGGUUCUCGUAGCAGCAACUUUGGCACAAGUAUUGAAAACGAAGACAGAGGCACAGCAGAAGAAGUCCACAGUCCACUGCUGCAGCAGGAAAGCUUAGGUGACAAAGAAGCUGGAUCGACUAGCCGGGCAAAGAAGAAGGCAAGAAGGAGUGAUCUCCUUGCAUUAGUUGAUGUCCUCAAGGAAGGGAAUGAAGCAUCGCUCAAGAUGUUCACUGCUGCUGAAGAGACGAGAUUGAAGCUGCAUCAAGAGCAAAUGGAGCUGGAGAAAGAGUCCAUUCGCCUCGAGCAAGAUCGAUUAGCCAUGGAGAAGGAGACAAACCUUGGCAUAACCACAGCUUUAGCUGCAAUAGCAUCUGCGAUCCAGCAAGGUUUGCAUUGUUAGUGAGUCAUUGGGGAACAAAAAAUAAAAACCUGAAUAAAGAUAGCUAGAAAUGGAUCCCCUUCACCUUGUGUUGCUGGUCUUGGUUAUACGCCAUUAGAUAUCAAUACAAAAAAGGGAUCAAGAGUUCCAAGUAAGGCAGCAACAAAUAAAGAAGAAGAGAAGACAAGUUAUAGAU